AUGGCUUUGAGGAUUUAUCUCUGCUUCAGCCUGCUCUGCAAGUGGACUGUGGGUGGUGCAGGGCAAGAUAAAAACCCUGAAGUGCAGAACAACGUCCCAGCAGAUCCGGAAAAAAGCCAUUCCAACCACAGCCUUUUGCCCGAGAGGAGGCUCAGCGACUCCAGCGUCUGCAGCGUCGAAGAGCAGCAUCGGGCCGUGUACGAGUUGGUGCAGCAGGUUCUCUUGUCCACACGCGGCUACAUCAAUUUUGUCAAUGAAGUAUUUCGCCAGGCUUUUUUACUGCCUUCAUCUGAGAUCUCGUCAACAGAGAAGGUAGUGAAGGUGUACAGGAAGUGGAUCCUGCAAGAGAAGCCUGUCUUCAUGGAAGAGCCAGACGUGAAGGAAGCUGCUCAAAGGGAUGACAGCGCCUUGGAUCCUUCAGCGUCCGAGGCAGAUGGCAAGCAUCUUCCGUCUGGACAUAAAAGGUCUUCCAGUUGGGGCCGAACUCACUCCUUCUCUAGUGCUGUUAGCAGGGGAUGCAUCUUAGAAGAUGAGAACAAGAACGUUAAAGCCGGUGUUCAAGCUACGCUACAGGUGUUCCUGACAAACUCUGCAAAUGUGUUUUUGUUGGAGCCCUGCACUGAAAUACCCGCCCUCCUGAAGGAGCAAGUUGAUGCCUGCCGAGCGGUCUUGAGUAUCUUUAGACGCAUGAUCAUGGAGCUUCCCAUGAAUAAAAAUACCUGGGAGCAAAUGCUACAAGUACUGCUCAGGAUAACAGAAGCCGUCAUGCACAAACCAAAGGACAAACAGACAAAGGACCUUUUCGCUCAGAGUUUAGCAGGAUUACUAUUCCGGACUCUGAUUGUGGCUUGGAUCCGAGCAAACCUGAGCGUUUAUAUUUCUCGAGAGCUGUGGGACGAGUUGCUGCGAGUGUUGUCCUCCCUUACCGACUGGGAGGAACUGAUAACGGAGUGGGCUAACAUAAUGGAUUCUCUGACAUCCGUUUUGGCAAGAACGGUGUACGGAGUGGAAAUGACCAAUUUACCGCUGGAUAAGCUAAGCGAGCAAAAGGAGAAGAUACAAAGAGGGAAAGGUGGUAUUUUGGAACUUCAGAAGACUGUUUCAGUUGGCAGAUCAUUUUCUUUAAGCUGGAGGAAUCACCCAGAAGCUGUGGAACCCAUGAGAUUUCGGAGCGCUACCACCUCAGGAGUGCCAGGAGUUGAGAAAGCAAGGAAUGUGGUGCGGCAGAUAACCACAGCUAAGCGAAGCCAGUCUAUCAGCAACUGUGCCCAUCUCUGUGAGGCUUUGCCUGCUGCUAAAAGUGUCCCUCUUCUCCUUCAUACUGUGAGCUCUCUCUUACCUGGUAUCUCUUACACUUCUUACUCUCACACGCUUUCAGAAGUGGAAGAAUAUCAGCAACCAGAAAAUGGAGCAGGGACUGAAUACCAGCAGCUGGAGAACGUAGCAGGAAUGGAAUGCAAUGGCCCAUUUUUAGAUCAGGAACAACAAUUAACGCGAAGCAGCAGCACAUCUGACAUUAGAGACCAAUGCAGUUCUGAUAUUUUCCAAGGUUCGAAGGGUGUUCAAGACAUCAAGGGAACAAUGACUGAGAGCAGCUCCAUCCAAGAAGCAGGGAGUGCUCCAGUUGAAUUAGAUCCCAACACUGACCUGCAGCACUUGCACGGAAGGCGCAAGGAAAAAGAAAAGACUGAAAGUGUGAGUAGCGACACUUCUGUUGGGUGCAACAGUGAAGUAGACAUCACUCUCGUUCCCUGGCAAGCAUGUGAAGAAGACCAUGAUGCCAACAUACCGGCCGAUAUAUCUGUUGAUCCAGACGCCUGCCACUGGAUGCCGCUGAAUCCUUCAGACGAUCCAAAUUUAACAGACAGCACUGAGUUCCUUGCUGAUGACUGCAGUAUAAUUGCUGGUGGGAAUCUCAUCGGGUGGCAUCCUGACUCUACGGCCGUAUUAUGGCGAAGAAUAUUGGGAAUUCUGGGAGAUGUAAAUGACAUUCAGUCUCCUAAAAUACAUGCCAGGAUUUUUGAAUAUCUUUACGUGCUGUGGUACAAACUGGCAAAGAUAAGAGACAAUCUUUCAAUCAGUCUGGAUAACCAAUCAACUCCCUCGCCUCCCAUUUUAAUUCCUCCACUGAGAAUAUUUGCAUCGUGGCUGUUCAAAGCGACCACUUUACCAGAUGAAUAUAAGGAAGGGAAGCUACACGCCUACAAGCUGAUAUGUGCUAUGAUGAGCAGGCGCCAAGAUGUAGUGCCAAAUCCUGACUUCCUGGUUCAUUUUUAUCUCGUCAUGCACAUCGGCUUAACGAGUAAAGAUCAGGAUGUCUUGAAUACUGUCAUCAGGCACUGCCCCACCAACUUUUUCUUCUUGGGCUUACCUGGCUUCACGUUGCUGAUCGGAGACUUCAUAACGGCUGCUGCCAGAGUGCUGAGUACAAACAUGUUGGAAGCUCCCCACUUAGAAGCUCAUACCAUUCUUGGUUCUCUGGUUUGCUUCCCAAAUCUGUAUCAAGAAAUCUCACUGUUGCAACCUGCUGCAGAAGCAGAAAUCAUCACCGGAACCGCUGACGUCAAAUGCUACCUCAUAAAUAUCAUUUUGAAGAAUGCUACGGAUGAGCCAAGCGAAGCUGCCAGGUGCCUCGCUCUUUGCUGCCUUGGACUUUGGAUAUGUGAAGAAUUAACACAAUGUACAAAUCACCCUCAAGUGAAGGAUGCAAUAAAUGUUUUAGGUGUGACACUGAAGUUCUUAAACAAGCAGAUUGCUCAAAUAGCCUGUGAUAUCUUUCAACUGCUGACAUCUUACUGGGAAAAACUUCACAAAUAUGAAUCUUCUCUCCCAAGAAAAAUGAUUGAAAUCACUGUCGCCACCAUCUCAUUCCUGUUGCCCAGUGCUGAGUACUCCUCUGUGGAAAGCGACAAGAAGUUUUUAGUUUCAUUAUUACUUUGCUUACUGGAUUGGUGUAUGACGUUGCCACUCAAAAUGCUGCUGGAACCUGUAUUUACAUCUGGUCUUGAAGAUCCAAAUUCUUCUAAUGCUCCACUUCUUGAUUAUAUCUAUCGGGUUCUGCACAGUUGUGUUCACGGCUCAAGCACAUAUACCCAGCAAAGCCACUAUCUUUUAAGCCUGGCAGACCUUUCCAGCGAUAACUAUGAUCCGUUUUUGCCACUGGGAAAUGUCAGGAAUUCUGAACCCAUGCAAUUUCAGUCUCCUGCGGACCUGAGUAAUUUGUUAACUGUUGUGGAAGGAAAGAAGCGGAGAAGUUUGGAGUUGAUUCCUUUAACUGCCCGAAUGAUUAUGACGCACCUCGUGAACCAUUUGGGCCACUAUCCCCUCAGCGGAGGGCCUGCUGUUCUUCACAGCCUCCUCAGUGAGAAUCACAACAACUGUUACGUGGACUCUUCUGAGCUGUCCUCGGAAGUCUUCAGGAGCCCAGACUUACAGCUCUUUGCAUUUAACGACAGCACUCUUAUCUCAUACCUCCAGAUCCCUUCAGAAAAAGUGGUAGAUGAUGAAUCAACAAGAGCCUGCUCAGGUGUCAGAGUAAUUGUCAGGGAUAUUUCAGGGAAGUACUCAUGGGAUGGAAGGCUGAUGCACGGACCAUUACCUGGCUGCCUCCCAAGUCAAAACAAGCAAAAUUCCACUGCCGUUUGGGAUGCUCAGAAACAGACGUUUGAGUCUCCAGCGGACUUGUUUCAAACAUAUGAAGGAGAAGAUGCGCUUGAUAAGUUGUUGGCAAGCAUUGGUAACAGUAGCCCCGAGUGCCUUUUGUGUCCACAGCUCAGGUUAAACGAGCCUUCGCCGUCACCCUGCGUCAUGAGCCAUGACCAAGAGAAUGAUAUCUUAGAAGCAAUAAUGCAACAGAGUUGCAUGGAAAAUGCGCAUGGAUGCACUUUGGAUCUCAGGACAAAAGUGGAACGUCAGGGAGCACCACGGCCCACUCAGCCCCAAGCGCCGUUUCACUUGUGCAGGCUCUUGCUCAACGAUUUAGGAAUGAACUCCUGGGAUAAAAGAAAAAGUUUUCAUCUGUUGAAGAAAAAUUCAAAACUAUUGAGAGAGCUGAAAAAUUUGGACUCCAGUCAGUGCCGGGAAACUCACAAGAUUGCGGUAUUUUAUGUUGCCGAAGGACAAGAAGAUAAAUGUUCCAUUUUGUCCAAUCCAAGAGGCAGUCAAGCGUAUGAAGAUUUCGUUGCUGGACUAGGUUGGGAGGUUGAACUUUCAACUCACUGUGGAUUUAUGGGGGGUCUUCAGCGCAACGGCAGCACAGGACAAACAGCCCCUUAUUAUGCUAGUUCAACGGUGGAGGUGAUUUUCCACGUGUGCACGCGCAUGCAAUCUAAUUCUGAUGAUUCACUGACCAAAAAGCUUCGUCACCUGGGGAACGAUGAGGUUCACAUUGUCUGGUCCGAACAUACCCGAAAUUAUCGCAGGGGCAUCAUUCCGACAGAUUUCGGAGACGUUUUAAUUGUUAUUUACCCAAUGAAGAAUCGCAUGUUUUUCAUAGAGAUAACAAAGAAACCAGAGGUGCCGUUUUUUGGUCCUUUGUUUGACGGAGCCAUAGUGACUGCGAAACUGCUGCCACAUCUUAUACGUGCCACCUGUAUCAACGCCAGCAGAGCAGUGAAGUCUCUGAAAGCUCUCUAUCAGAGCUUUUAUGAAGAAAGAGCUCAGUAUCUUGAAGGAAUAAUCCGGAUUCACAAAGAAGUCAUGACAUUUGAGGAUUUUGCUGCUCAGGUCUUCCAGCCCACUCCCAGUUACUCCCUCAGCGGAUGUGGCUGUCUCACCCCAAGUCUGAGUGCUGACCUCACGGCAUCAUCAGGGACAGAGAUGGCAGAGCCGACGUCUCCAACGCUCACAAGUGCUACCAAAAGCAGGUGGUCCGGGAAGUUGCGCCGCUCCGCCAGCGUGCUCAGCAAACCUUCAACAUAAAGCACUUUCAAGAAUGAAGACCAUUCCCUUUCCCAGUAUCCCUUUGUAUUAACUCUGUUAGUGGAUGAAUGGAACGGGUAACUCCCAAGAGCCUGCCUGGGGAAGUAAUUUUUGCUAUGAAAUCAACAUUCCUUUAAGUUUUCGUGUUGAUCACCUGAGAACUGCAAAACGUCUCUCGCUUGGAACAAUGGUCGACCUGAAGACUGUGAUCAGCGAGUUUGCCAUUUGAUGAUGAUAAAUUGCUUUUCUUCCUUGAUUUUUCGUCGCUGCAGUCUUGCCUCACAGGAAGAGGAUGUAGACCCAAUUCCAACUUUCUAGUUUCCUGAUUGUGAUAUUUAUAAUUGCUUUAUAAUUACAAUGUACUAUCAGGUGUUA